AUGAGCAGCCUAAACCAGAGGUCAGACGGGAAUUCCCGGUCGAACACACAGCUUCCCUCUCCGUCUGCUACACCUGAGCCGGAACAUGUGGCUUUGUUGAAUCAUGCCUAUGGAGACGGACAUCUGGACAAUGAAGAACCAGUCGCUAGCGGAACGGAGAACGAGGGCCGAAUCGCAACAAGAAGACCCAGUACAUCGAAUGAGGACGCCGGUCUAUCUGACGGUAGCGUCAAGGCGACAUUCACCCGGCAAAUCAGACGACCCGGUGAUGGAAGGAGAAGGAGCAGCGUCUCAGAGCAUGAGAGGGCCCUCAAGUUGUGUCCGAAGCAAAUACAUGAGUUGACUAGCGAACCCGCCAGCAUCCCGAUCAGAGCUGCCUCGCCAAUACCGGAACAUGCCCUCGAGGAGACAGCAGGGGAGGACGUAAAACCAUGCAAUAAGGGGGUAGUGGGCACACUGGGGCCACCUUUCGAACCUAGAACUACUCGGCAAGUGGACGGCCGUAGGAGGACCACUACGGAGCCAAGGAGCUCUAACAACUCUGAUGGACGCGAACCGGUGGCCGCGAAAGUCAAUGCUGGAGGACCGCGGCAGGCAAGGCCAGCGUUAACAUCACGAGCAAUAUCUACGCCACCGGUCAUACGAGGAAAGCAGUCCAAUCAAAGAGACCAAGGCUACAUGCCUGAAGACGAUGGAGACAGUACAAGAUCUCGAGCUUCCGCGUCUCAUCUCAAUCAGGAGAUAAGAGACGCUUCCAGUGCGUCGACUAGGAAACCUGCACAGAGGGAGAUAUCUAGGGACAAGAACGCCGCUCAAGUGCCUGCAACCAUACCGUUACCUCCGUUCUCCAUCCCCACUUUUCUCGCUCUCGAGUUAGCCGCUGAUAGACCAUCGCCAUUGUACAUAUAUCGACCAUCGAGCACAGACUUUCCAUACGAAUCUUCCAAGAUAAAAUACGACCGUCUGGUCAAUUUCUUAAUGUUACCCCAAAAGCUAGAAUGUGUUCUAGGUUUUGGGGCCUUUGCAUGCUUGGAUGCUUGGAUGCAUAUUCUUACAAUUCUUCCGUUGCGGUUCUUCAUUGCUGUUUGGAUACUGGUUAGAUGGUGGGGCUCUGUUGUAUUAAGAGAGAUAAGAGAUCUGUCGAGCUUUGUGUACAACGGAUUAGGCAGGGUUUGGAGACGGCGAAGGGCAGCGACCGAUAACUACCUUCAGACACCUGUUGCAAGUACUCCCGCGGAGGAGCUACCACCGCCGCGGUCGCGAAGACCUUCUGCCUCUAUUGCCAAUGGGACCAGCAUUGUCAACUCAUCUCGGGAUCACGGCAAGACAGUGCCAACCCUAUCCGCAGCCGAAGCUCGAGAGAAACGCACACGAACGAGAUAUAGACAUCGAAGAACCAAAUCUACGCCUUCAGCUCUGUUGCCCAGUCAUAAAGCGGAUAUUUUGAAAGGUCUUCUCGUGAUCACCAGCUGCGCUGUUCUUAUGCGCUUUGAUGCCAGCAAGAUGUAUCAUGGCAUCCGUGGGCAAGCGGCCAUCAAGCUUUACGUGAUCUACAAUGUGCUGGAGGUCUGCGACCGUCUACUCUCGGCUGUCGGGCAGGAUGUCUUGGAGUGCCUUUUCUCUCGCGAGACAUUGGAUCGGAAUCCGGAUGGCCGGAGCAAGGUCUUGCGGCCAUUCUGGAUGUUCCUCCUUGCGCUUGUCUACAAUGUGGGCCACGCCACAGCACUUUUCUACCAAGUCAUCACGCUCAAUGUGGCUGUCAACUCUUACUCGAAUGCCUUGCUCACCUUACUCUUAUCGAAUCAAUUUGUUGAAAUCAAGGGAACCGUCUUCAAGAAAUUCGAGAAGGAGAAUCUGUUCCAGCUGACCUGCGCGGAUGUUGUGGAGCGCUUUCAGUUGUGGCUUAUGUUGCUCAUUAUCGCCAUGCGCAAUAUCGUUGAGGUGGGCGGCUUCAGCAUACGCAGUGGUGACAUUUCCUCGUGGCGCAGCGCCUUCGGCCGUAGCAACUCUACUGCGCCUUUAACAGCGUCCAGCAUCAUACCAAUGAGCUUCAAGGUCUUUCCACGAUGGAUAGGUCCAGUCUUGAAUCCAUUUCUACUGGUCUUGGGAAGCGAGAUGCUAGUCGACUGGUUGAAGCAUGCCUACAUAACGAAAUUCAACCAAACCAAGCCCAACAUCUACGACAAAUAUCUAGACGUGUUAGCGAAGGACUAUUAUUCAGACGCUUUCACAGAUCCAAAUUUGACCCGGCGUCUUGGCUUGCCAGUCAUUCCGCUGGCAUGCCUCUUCAUACGGGCUGCGGUUCAAACAUACCACAUGUUUGUGGCGGCGCAUAUGCCACCGCCCCUGCCUUCCACAGUCACUUCUCUGUCAGAAUCUGCUUCAACAACUUCUCCCGCUACGACUGCAGCGUUAGCGCGCAUCGACAAUAUUCUUCGUCGAGCUCUCGGACGCUCUUCAUUUGGCGCAGGUGUUGGUGAACAGUCUUCUUGGACAGCGUGGCUUACGUGGGACAUUGAUGACUUCAUUGCCUUCUCUACUAAGGCGCUUGUCUUCCUCGGUAUAUAUCUGUUCCUGCUUGGUAUGAAGAUAGCGCUGGGGAUGGUGCUACUCUCCAUCGCCCGCAACAGAUAUCACGGAAUGGAGGAGCGGAAGCGCCUGGAUACCGAGACGGGCGGCAAGAAGAUUGGUGGAUGGGGUGUCGUAGAUGUUGAUGAGGAGAAGAGGAGGUGGAUCUAUCACGAUGACCCUGAGAGCCUGAAGAGACUGAGAGAGAAGGACGAAAGCCAGAAGAAAAAGGAAGAAAAGGAGAGGACGGAAGGUACAAGUUACGGACAUGUAAGUCGGUAUAAUAUGGUUGCGAAGAGGAUCUGGUAG